AUGGACAGGUCUGCAUACAAACUCGGCAAGGAUGCUCUGGCUGAUGCUUUUGUCGCCACCGAGGACAAGACCGAAGUGCUGACCGUCGUCAUGCAGGCACAGCUUCUGCUCGGUUACGUCGUAUGGGUCUCCGAAGCCGAGUUUGGGCACGCGAUCGAAACGUGCGCCAAUGCCGCUCCACCUCCUCCGACCAAUGCUUUUGUGAUCACCGCUCAUGACUGGAAGGACUUCAUAGGCAGCCAGAUUGAAGGCAGCAUCGCGCGAGGCUCGACCCUCUCCCAUGCCUCCGAAACUUUUGUCGACAGUAGAGCAAGUAACGAGGAUUUGGAUGCAGAGACGGAUCUCGACUCCGUUGCGGAGUCUGACUCGGAUCCGGACGAGGAAGACGACUCGGACGACUCGGACGAUGAUGAGGACGACGAUGGCGACACGUGGCCCGACGGGGAGGAGGGGUCCGGUUUCGACGGGGUAGCCAUCGAUGACCUGGACGGCAACAAGCAGCUGCGACCGGGCACAGUCGCCGCAACGCGAUUUGCGGAAGUGCGGAGUUGUCUCGUCGCCAAGGAUCGCAACCAGCACGAACGUGUCGUUGCCAAGACCGGAGGGAGGGCCUUCAAUGCCAAGGAUCGCAUCCAGACCCGCAAGCAUCUCUUCCUCGCCUGCUUCAUCCAGGCAGCCCAACAGCUGUCUGGUAUCAACGCACUUAUCUACAACUCGGGCACCCUCUUCUCCCAGUCGACCGGCCUCGACACCGAAAAGUCAGCACAGUCGCGCGCGCACUUGCACAAAGAGAGACGCGGUUCUAGACCGUAA